UUCUUACCUACAACCUCAUGCUAAUCACAUUAGCCUAUGUUAGCUCAACCGACCAACGGGGGGAGAGGGGCACGGUUUACACCACUGCAUGAUCUUAUUAUUUCAACAGCAACCUGCUAUAAGUAUGUUUUCAGAUGUGAUUGCCUCAGCUCAGAUGUGAUUACACUUUUACUAUUUAAAUCAGGUGACAAAUAGUGGCCCAUAAUGUGUAGGCUUCUCCCAAACUAGGCUAAAUACAUUGACAAAUGCUCUCAUUUGACAAAAUAACUUCAAGAUAAUAACUAAAAUCAAAGUACACUCAAAUUACAGUGCGUACACAGUACACACAGUGUACAGAGGUGAGAGUGAGUGGACUAUUUGGAUAUCGCUGUGUAUUCUGGGUACAGACAGUAAUUCCACGAUGGCGGCGAGCAGGAGGCUGCACAAGGAACUUGAUGAAAUCCGCAAGUCUGGAAUGAAAAAUUUCCGUAACAUUCAAGUGGAUGAAACAAAUAUUUUGACUUGGCAAGGCCUCAUUGUUCCAGACAACCCUCCAUACGAUAAAGGUGCGUUCAGGAUCGAGAUAAUCUUCCCUGCGGAGUACCCAUUCAAGCCCCCCAAGAUCACGUUCAAGACGAAGAUCUACCACCCCAACAUCGACGAGAAGGGACAGGUGUGUCUGCCUGUGAUCAGCGCAGAGAAUUGGAAACCAGCCACUAAAACUGACCAAGUGAUCCAGUCCCUGAUCGCGCUGGUCAACGACCCCCAGCCAGAGCAUCCUCUCAGGGCAGACCUAGCAGAGGAAUACUCUAAGGACCGUAAAAAAUUCUUUAAGAACGCAGAAGAGUUUACAAAGAAACAUGGAGAAAAACGACCUAUGGACUGAGAACGCAAACGUGUGACUCCCUCUUCCCUUUCUUCCCUCCCCCGGGACCCUCUCUCAACUCCUCUCUCCCCUCUUCCAAGACCACCUAUACCCCUUUGUUCUUACCCCAUCUCCUGAAAAUGGCCCUCACACACGUACACACAUCCUUCUAGCCCCCCUCCUCCUCCUGGGGCGGUAUAUCUCGGCUCCACUUUGCCCUGGCAACAGGACUUUGUCGUGAAUCAGGCUCGUCGGUCACCUCUGGGUGUUAGCUUGUGGCUGUUACUAACUUUCUACUGAUUUCUUAAAUUAAAUUAUAAAAGUGCCAGAUUUGGGCCAGAGAGAGCAACCUGUAACAGGGAGAGGAAACAAAUAUGUGGAUAAAAUGUUGUUCUGCUCAUGAUUUGUUCACAGAAGUGUAUUGAUUGCUGGAGCAGACCUGUAUAAAGAUUGUCGACUGUUUUGAAAGCUAUUUGCUAAAUGCUCAACUUGUGGUCUGUUUGCUAACCCUUUUCCUCUCACUCCUUCCCCUCACUAAAAUAUGUAACAUAAAAAAACAACCCCAAAAGCAACUAAAUGAUAAACAUUUAAAGCAUCCAGGUUCAGGAGGUGUGUGACAAAAUGUUUAUUUUCUAUUUCUUUUUAUUGUUUUGCUUAAGUUGCACUUUGCUCUGUGGAACUAGCUUUUAAGUUCACCAUAAAACUUCAGUUUGUCACCAAUACGAUGUUCCAGAUGUUAUAAAAAGGAGAAGAAAAAAA